GAUCCCUUUCUUCCUCGACAGUGGUGUGGUGUAGAAGGAGAGGAGCACCGGCGUCCACACCGGGGAGGUCGAAGGGUAGGCGGUAGAUUGGAGGAGCCCAGCGAGCCGGUCGGCCGGCGCCAUACAGAAGCAGCGCUGCCGUCUCCUUUCCCCCACUUUUUUAGGAGCUGGAUCUGAGGUGGCCAACCGCCGCUGUCGCCGCCGCCCCGUCGGGAAAAGGCCACCAUGUAGAUCACGCAGCAGGCCGGUCCACCCGCUAAAAUCUGUUGAUUUUGCCCUUCGUUGUAUCUUCUGCACCAUCUGCUUCUCUAUUCACCCGCCAAACAAAUGAGUAUGUGCCAUGCUUUGCAGGAAAUUCAUUGAACAGAUGUACCUCUUCUCCUGAAGCCGAUGCUGCCAUGCCUAUGAAUCGGAUAUGACCGAUGCUUUGUCAAGGGCUCAUAUGAGAGAAGAAAAGGAGGCUGGAGAUGCAGAGAAAGAAGCUCUAAGCUCAACAAAGGCAUCAGUUGCACAAGAGCAUUCAGAAACAUCCAUUUUCCCUGAUUUUUGGUUUGACAAGGAUGAAAACGUCGGCAUUAGAGUCGUGGUCGUGGCAGGGAAGGCGAACCCAGCGCAGCUCUGCCAGUGGCUCAAGAGGAAGAUAAGCAAGGAUGUCAAGAUUUUCCGCCGUUGUCCACACGGGCUGAGAAUUGUAAUAAGCAGGGCUAGCCGUGUGGGGUUAAGGUGCUUGCCGCCGGCGACCUGCGUGGCUCUCGGCCUGCAUCCUCGCUGAACUCAACACCAACUAUCGCGCGCCCGCGAUGUGACUGCUGUUGCAACAACGACGGCCAACGGCUAUUGAACGACGAGGAUGCCCUUCGGGGUUAUAGCAUGCAAAGCAAAGCAGUUGCUCGAUCCUCACAGCCAAUAUAUCUCCGUGUAGAAGCAGAAGAAGCAGCAAUUGAUUCGUAAGCAGCAAUUUUAUCUGUUUCAUUCCUUUGUAUUUUUGCCCUCUGUUUCUGCUGAAUGUAUGUAUCACUUUUUUCAGAUAUAUUGAUCUUCACAUUCUUAGUUGGCAUCCAUAGUGGUUGUAGUUGUACACAUAGCCGUUCUCAGUUGGAUACGACAAUUAGAAAGUUGCACAACACUAAACCUUUUUCCUACGGCGAUGAAAGUGGAACGGUAUACAUUGAACUGAAUACACAUGGCGUUCAUUUUUUUGGCAUUUAUAGUAAUUCUUGUUGCACACAUAGUUGUUUUCGUCGGAGACGAUCAUUACUAGUAGUUGUAGUUGCACAUACAGUUGUUCUCAGUUGGAUCCUAUUAUUGAAAAAUUGCACACAUGGCAAUCAUUUUUUGUUGGCAUCUAUAGUAGUUUUAGUUGCACACAUAGUUGUUUUCAGUUGGACACGAUUAUUGGGAAGUUACACACACGGUGAUCAUUUUUGUUAGCAUCUAUAGUAGUUCUAAUUGCACACAUAUUUGUUCUCAAUUGGAUACGAUCAUUGGAAAGUUGCACACACGGCGACCAUUUUUUGUUGGCAUCUAUAGUACUUCUAGAUAUUAUGCACAUAAUUGUUCUUAGUUAGAUACGGUCAUUCGGAAGUUACACACACGGUGAUCAUUUUUUGUUGGCAUCUACAGUAGUUCUAGUUGCACACAUAGUUGUUUUCAGUUGGACACGAUCAUUGGAAAGUUGCACACACGGCGAUCAUUUUUGGGUGGCAUCUAUAGUAGUUCUAGUUGCACACAUAGUUGUUUUCAGUUGGAUAGGGUCAUUGGAAAGUUGCACACACGGCAAUCAUUUUUUGUUGGCAUCUAUAAUAGUUCUAGUUGCACACAUAGUUGUUUUCAGUUGGACACGGUCAUUAGAAGUAGUUGGCAGGGGCAAUAGAAGUAGUUGCACAGAAUCUGCUAGUCAAAACUUCACGGUGGCGAAAGAUUCCUCUUAGUAAAACUGCAGAGAAGAAAGGUGCGCGCGGAGGCAGUAUCCAAAGGGGUAGAUGCCACAUCUUCUGCAGCAGCCGCUGUGGUAACAUAAAGUUCCAUCAGGAAUAUUUUUUACUCCACAUACAGGCAGCCAAGUGUAUGAAUUUUCAUACAAGUGUAUGAAUUUUCAUACAUGAUUGCAGAAGGACUAAUUAAGCAUUGGCAUGCUCAACUUUCUCAGUUGCUCAACGUUGCCAUCUUCAAGUUUUUUAGAAUUGUCCCAAGAGUAUGUAACAACUUGGCAUCCUCAGGCUUUCUAGUUGCAGAAUAGUAUCUAAUUAGUUGGCAACCUCAGUAAUUCUAGUUGCACAACAAUAUAUAACUAGUUGACAUCCUCAUCUUUUCUAGUUGCACAAAAACUCAGAUUAGUCCCAUCUUAAAAAAAUUGAGGAUUUCCCUACAGUAUGUAACGACUUGGCACCCUCAGGCUUUCUAGUUGCAGAAGAGUAUCUAUUUAGUUGGCACCCUCGGCAAUUAUAGUUGGACAACAUUAUCCAAGUAGUUGACAUCCUCAGCCUCUCUAGUUGCAUAAGAAUUCAGAUUUAUCCCAUCUUAAAAAUUUUGAGGAUUGCCCAACGGUAUCUAAUCACUUGGCACCCUCAGGAUUUCUAGUUGCAGAAGAGUAUCUAUUUAGUUGGCACCCUCUACAAUUCUAGUUGCACAACAUUAUUCAAGUAGUUGUCAUCCUCAGCCUCUCUAGUUGCACAAGAAUAUCUCAUUAGUUGGCAUCAUCAGCAUUUCUAGUCGCACAAGAAUAUCUCAUUAGUUGUCAUCACCAGCAUUUCUAGUUGCAGAACAAACAUAAUAUCAAGUUGCCAUCCUCAACAUUUUAAUCUAGUUUUCCAGAGAACAAAUAUUUGUAUGUAAUGAUAACUAAUCACCUUUGCCUUUUUUUGCAAACCGCGAGAUAUUGUUCAAGGAAAUGAGAGUAAUGAAGCAGAUAAUGUUGAACGAUAGUCACAAGCUGGCUACCUGAUGGAGACUACUCUGGAUACCUGAUGUUUGAGUUGGAUAGAAUACCUGUUUUAGUUGGCUAUAAUACUCUAGAUACCUGAUGCAUUUUUUUCACCCCUGGAUAUGUUUGUUUGCAGACAUCCAUGUGAAAGUUGGUUUCAAACAAUGGUUUUCUUGCACAGGGAACUGAAUUUCUUAUGCUUUUACUUGAUCUUCCUUCUCUGCUCAAAA